AUGUACACCGCAUUGAUUAGAGAGGGUGUUCUCUAUGAGGAGCUCUCAUUGGAAGAAGCUGUUCAAAAGCUGAAGAGUUAUGCCUGGAAUAUGAAAGAUCAAGCAUCUGAUUUCGAGAAGCUCCAAGAUCCUCAGUUAUAUAAGGCUUCGAAACCAAUGGAGAAGGGUAGUAACAGUGGAGUCGAUGUUGCUUUGUAUUCGGAGAAUGAAGGUUCUGCAAGUGAACACGCCUUUAUAAGCAACGAUGUUAGUCCAAGUGGAACAACCAAUUCCAAUCAAGGGAUGUACUCUUCUAGUGGAGCUCAGAAAUCUCAAGGAACAAGUUUGAACAUUCCCAAGAUAGAUGGAAGCUGUUUGAAGAUGAUUGAAGAAAAUAUGAGUCUAUUGGCGUCCUUCAUGACUGCCUACGAGAACUCCUGUCUUGGAAAGCUCAGUGUGACUGAGCCUUAUGACUGGGGUUGUGCUUUGGAAGACAUCUCAGGAGCAAUUGUAUCUCAAGCAUUUAUAGCUGAAAUUGUGAACGAAGAAGUGUAUGAAGAGGUUGUCGAGGAGACUAGUAUUGAGGAGCUUGCAGUUGUAGCUGAGGUUCUUGGGGAAGAGUUGGAUUCGGGGAAUGUUGCUGAGAAUGAAGAUUCCUCGAUUGAAGAGACCGUAAAUGAGAAGAACGAAAACCCAUGUUGGAAAGCCAUAGACUAUUGCGGACCUGACCCUGAUUUCACUAAACAACUUCAACAUUCUAUAAACACAGAAACUUAUUUUGGGCCACUUUACAAAGGCAUUGUCCGCCUCAACAAACCCCACAACAUCAUAGCAGAAGCGCUACAAAGAUCAAGAUUAUCCAUCUCUAUUCCACGUUAUCCAACCACACAUUUCAAGAACCCUAAAGCUCCAUCAAUGGUCAUAAAAUGUGAUGCAGUAGUAGUUGGCUCUGGCUCGGGUGGCGGUGUGGUUGCAGGGGUGCUAGCUAAAUCUGGCUAUCGGGUUCUAGUACUCGAGAAAGGAAACUAUUGUGCAAGAAGUAAUCUUUCUCUUCUUGAAGGUCCAUCCAUGGAUGAUAUGUACCUUGGAAGAGGGUUGUUAGCUACAAGUAACAUGGAGGCAAUGAUACUCGCUGGUUCGACUGUGGGUGGUGGGUCGGCUAUAAACUGGUCGGCUUCGAUCAAGACACCGGUUCAUGUGCGGAACGAAUGGUCUGAAUGUUAUGAUCUAGAGUUGUUUAAGAGUAAAUUAUAUGAAGAAGCUUUGAAUGUUGUUUGUGAGAGAAUGGGUGUGCAAUCUCAAGUGAAAGAUGAAGGGUUCAAUAACAUGGUUUUAAGAAAAGGGUGUGAGGAAUUAGGGUAUCCUGUUGAUAACAUUCCAAGAAACUCAUCUCCAGAUCACUAUUGUGGGUGGUGCUGCCUUGGUUGCAAAGAUGGAAGAAAGAAAGGUACAUCGGAGACAUGGCUAGUAGACCUAAUCGAAUCCGGAAACGGUACGAUCUUACCUGGGUGUGAGGCUGUCGAGGUUAUUCAUAAUCGGAAGAAAGGUAGAGAUCGGAGCACCGCGAAAGGGGUCCUCUUUGAGUUCAUACACCAAGACGGAACAAAACAAGUUUGUUUCGCUAAAUCAAAAGUGACCAUCGUAGCAUGUGGAGCAAUGUGUACCCCACAUCUGCUUAAAAAGAGCGGCUUGAAGAACCCUAAUAUCGGUAAGAACUUGCAUAUACAUCCGGUGGUGAUGGCAUGGGGUCAUUUCCCGUCUGGAAGUUGGCCAGAAGCUGAAAAAAAGAGCUACAAGGGAGGCAUAAUGACUGCUAUGUCCACCGUGGUUGCAGACUUCAAAGGCUCUGGAUAUGGUGCCGUUAUACAAACACCGGCGCUGCACCCAGGUAUGUUUUCAGCACUGAUGCCAUGGGUUUCUGGUUCCGAUUUCAAGGCACGAAUGUCGAAAUUUUCGAGGACAGCGCACGUUUUCGCAUUGGCGAGAGAUAAAGGUUCCGGUGAAACACACUCGAAAACGUCGAUUACUUACAAAAUGGACGUCACCGAUGAAGAGAAUCUGAAGAGGGGGCUGGAGAAAUCGCUGAGAAUACUUGCAGCAGCCGGAGCAGAAGAAAUUGGAACACAUAACAACAAAGGGAAGACACUGAAUGUAAAGAAUGUGAGUUAUCAUGAGUUUGAGUGUUUUGUAAGAGAGGAAAGUUCGAGAGCGUUGAGAGACAUAUCGACACCAAUAUGUUCAGCUCAUCAAAUGGGGAGUUGUCGAAUGGGUGUCCAAGCAAAGGGGUCGGCUGAAUCCGACGGGGAGACAUGGGAGGUGGAAGGAUUGUAUGUUGCGGACACGAGUGUUUUCCCGACGGCAUUGGGUGUGAAUCCAAUGAUCACUGUCCGCAUUGCUUAUUGCACUGCUCAGUCUGUUCUUGAAUCUCUUAGAAGAAUGAAGGACACCUGCUAUGAUAUAUAGUUGGCAAUAUACCAUUUGACAUUGUUGGUCAAACAUUGUAAUAACAUCAUUUGAUAAUUUAAUAAGAUACAUAGAAAA